CAUGUCGGCGCCCCUUCCGGCUCCGCCAAGAAGGUCUGUCCCGAGGGCGCCGCGCAGCUGGGGGAGCUGGCCUCCCGGCGCCGCUUGCGCUUGCCUCGCGAGGCGCUCCUGGCGCUGCUGCGCGCCCGCGAGGCCUCGGGCCUUGGCCCCCUCCUCCGCGCCGCGGGCUGCGCCGGGGACGGCCCGGUGCUGGUCCGCGAGGACGCCGAGGACGCCGGGGGCGCCGCGGCAGUGCCCUGGCUGGCCGGCGCCGUGCACGGCGGCGACAGCGUGUGCCUCCUGGCGCCCCAGGAGGCCCUCGAGAGGUGCCAGGCGCUGCUGGGCUAGCGGGCGCCUGCGCGGGCGCGCCGCGCGCCGCGCCGCGGAAACGCACCUGCCUCGCGCGGGC